CUCUAGAUUUUUGCUUCAGUGUCUUGAGGAUCUUGAUGCCAAUCUACGAAAAUUAAACUCUCGUCUGUUCGUAAUUCGUGGACAACCAGCAGAUGUGUUUCCCAGGCUUUUCAAGGAAUGGAACAUUGCUAAACUUUCAAUUGAGUAUGAUUCUGAGCCCUUUGGAAAGGAACGAGAUGCAGCUAUUAAGAAACUGGCUACUGAGGCUGGAGUAGAAGUCAUUGUACGGAUCUCACAUACAUUAUAUGACCUGGACAAGAUCAUAGAACUCAAUGGUGGACAACCGCCUCUAACUUAUAAAAGAUUCCAAACUCUCAUCAGCAAAAUGGAACCCCUAGAGAUACCAGUAGAGACAAUUACUUCAGAAGUGAUAGAAAAAUGCACAACUCCUCUUUCUGAUGACCAUGAUGAGAAAUAUGGAGUUCCUUCACUGGAAGAGCUCGGUUUUGAUACAGAUGGCUUAUCCUCUGCAGUGUGGCCAGGCGGAGAAACUGAAGCACUUACACGUUUGGAAAGGCAUUUGGAAAGAAAAGCUUGGGUGGCAAACUUUGAAAGACCCCGAAUGAAUGCAAAUUCUCUGCUUGCAAGCCCUACUGGACUCAGUCCUUACCUCCGAUUUGGUUGUUUGUCAUGUCGACUGUUUUAUUUCAAACUAACGGAUCUUUACAAAAAGGUAAAGAAGAACAGUUCCCCUCCCCUUUCUCUUUAUGGGCAACUAUUAUGGCGUGAAUUUUUCUAUACAGCAGCAACAAAUAAUCCACGCUUUGAUAAGAUGGAAGGAAAUCCCAUCUGUGUUCAGAUUCCUUGGGAUAAGAAUCCUGAGGCUUUAGCCAAAUGGGCAGAAGGCCGGACAGGCUUUCCAUGGAUUGAUGCCAUCAUGACACAGCUUCGUCAGGAGGGCUGGAUUCACCAUUUAGCCAGACAUGCUGUUGCUUGCUUCCUGACACGAGGUGACCUGUGGAUUAGUUGGGAAGAAGGAAUGAAAGUAUUUGAAGAAUUAUUGCUUGAUGCAGAUUGGAGCAUAAAUGCUGGAAGUUGGAUGUGGCUGUCUUGUAGUUCCUUUUUCCAACAGUUUUUUCACUGCUAUUGCCCUGUUGGUUUUGGUAGGCGAACAGAUCCCAAUGGAGACUAUAUCAGGCGUUAUUUGCCUGUCCUAAGAGGCUUCCCUGCAAAGUAUAUCUAUGAUCCCUGGAAUGCACCAGAAGGUAUCCAAAAGGUAGCCAAAUGUUUGAUAGGAGUUAAUUAUCCUAAGCCAAUGGUGAACCAUGCUGAGGCAAGCCGUUUGAACAUUGAAAGGAUGAAACAGAUCUAUCAGCAGCUUUCACGAUACAGAGGACUAGGUCUUCUUGCAUCAGUACCUUCUAAUCCUAAUGGGAAUGGAGGCUUCAUGGGGUAUUCUCCUGCAGAAAAUACCCCAGGUUGUAGCAGCAGUGGAAGUUGCUCUCAAGGGAGUGGCAUUUUACAUUACGCUCACGGCGACAGUCAGCAAACUCACCUAUUGAAGCAAGGAAGAAGCUCCGUGGGCACUGGUCUCAGUGGUGGGAAACGUCCUAGUCAGGAAGAGGACCCGCAGAGUAUCGGUCCUAAAGUCCAGAGACAGAGCACUAAUUAGGUAAAUAAUUUAGAGCUUUACAUCUUGCUUUAGUGGAGUGUGUAAUAAAUAUAAAUUAAGAUAGUUUCCAAAAUGUAGCUAAUCUCUACUUUCAAACCAGAGGAUUUUGAGGCAUAAAUUGUUAAGCAUUUGUUACAAAAUCAGCUUAAUUUUUGGAUAAGAGAGAUGCAUCUGUACUGGACAAAUUGCUGUACUCAGUUUUAUGGUCAUCUGAAUUGAUCUUUAAAUAUGAAAAGCUUAUGAUUUUGUGGUCAAGUUUUUUCUUAGAAAAAGGCAGUGUUUUCACUUUCUUACUAUGUGACCAUGAGUCUAAAACAAUUUCAAUGGCCUUUUUAUUUUGGUGGCAUUAAUAUAAUCUUUUUAUGAACUUCCCCCCAAGUCCUUGCCUCUUAAAUGUUUAUGAAUUUAUUUUAUCUGUCGUGAUACUUCUAAAAUCCAAAUUAUUUCCAGUUUGGGAAUAGUUUAAAUUUGUUAAAAUGCUGGCCCUUUUUAGAAGUAUCAAAAUUUAUACCUACAUUCAAUUGAAUUGGGUUUGGGAUACUAUUUUUUGUGUGUGUAUGAUUUAAAAUAAUAUAAAAUAUAUUUAUACAGUGCAUUUGCCAGUUUUUAAAAAUUUUUUGUUUCUUUAGUUAUCUUAAAGUGUUUAUACUUCUAUUGCUUAUUUUUUAUGCCAGCCAUUAGACUAUAAAUAUUUUAAAGAUAAGACCAGUAAACACUCAAUUUUUUAUCAUUAAAUUAUUUGCAAUCAAGCUUUACCCAGUUUUCCUCCCUCCUUAAAUCACAGAAAACAUUCAGGAGGAAUGCUGUUCCAGCUGAAAUUGGUGGGGAGUUCAAUACUUUACAAUUAAAUUAUUUAAAAAUGUUCUUCAUUAAUGGAAAGCAGUUACAUUUUGAAAUGCAUUGUUUCUAAUGAUAUUUCUGUGGUUUUUAACUUUUUAAUGAAUUUCACACAGCACAAAUGGUAAUUUGUAUAUAAAGGACUUGGUAAAAGAAUUUGCUUAAUGUAAAUAUAGUCACAAUUAGUAUAGACCCAUCAAUAUAUUUUUGAUAAUUUUUCAUGUAUGGUAAAAGUUAACAAAUUGAUAUUCUGAUAUAAAACUCAAAGUUUUGAGAGUCAAUAUGAGAAAGCAGGAGGUUUUUAGACUUUCUUAAAAGACUUUGUUAAAAUUUUGGGACGAAAUUUUGCCUUAUGUUGUUUGAUCUAACUUUGCCCUCUUUGAUAAUAGUGUUUUAGAAAAUGUGCAUAAUAAAAUUGGUAGUUGUGGCCUCUGUUAACACAAACAAUAUAUGUUUCAAAGCUUUAUGUAAACCUGUUCUGACCCAAACUUGUGGAAAUGUCAUGUGUUAAGUUCUCCUUGUCUCCCUUUCUUUGUUCAUUUAUAGCUAAAGUAAUAUUGUUAUUAAAGUAAAUGCAAAUAUGAAA